AAAGAAUCCCUUUAAACCGCUGUCAGAUAAAUCGAGGAUCGGGGGCCACGGCAUGAGGUUAAAUUAACGGUCGCCAAAUCAAAAUGGCUCACGUUAUAAAAGUGGCGGCCGCGCUCGAAUUGGGAGGGACAUACGUGGGGUAUGGUUACAGAAACAUGCGGGACCACGCCAAAGAAGUCCAGUUCCCGGAGUGGGGGCCCCACCACGCGAGUAAAACCAAGUCCUGUGUGCUUCUGACCCCCACCCGCCACUUCCAUUCGUUGGGAGACGAGGCUGAGCAGAAGUUCGCGGAAUUACGGAAGACCGGGGAGUCGCCCGGUUGGUUUUACUGUCAGAACAUCAAGAGAAUGCUGAUGGACAAACAGGACUACGUAAAGUGCCACAACAAGCAGACCGUCCCAGUGAUGGACAUGCUGAGCGCUGUCCUCCGGUUCUUCUCCUCCCACCUUCUGGCCAGGUGCGGGGAGGGGGCAGAGGAGGAGACCCUGACCCCCUCCAACGUCCGCUGGGUCAUCAACCUCCCCAUGAAGGCUCGGGACGACAUCGUCACGGUCCUCAGUUCAGCCGCCAUAAAGGCAGGACUAGACAGUAGAUCGCUAUCUUUCAUACCGGAAGUGGAAUCGAUGUUGACUGCCGCAAAAGCUCUCCCCAAAAGCAAACCUGUUACUGGGAGUGAACAGACCCUCUGUAUAUGCGACAUAGGGGGGUCAUCGGUACGAGUGGCAAAGCUUGAAAUGGAUGGAACAGAUGGGUCAGUGACAAACGUGGAUUUGGAAUACUCGGUAGAAGUCGGGGGUCAUCUGAUGGACGAACGAUUCCUGAAGUUUCUCAGAAACGUCAUCGGCGCGCACAUAGUGCAAGCUUUCGAGGAUUUCCUUCCGGUUCCGAUGUUAGAGUUCAUGAACUUAUUUGAACUGAACAAAACCAACAUGGCGCCGGAGUUCAGCAAGAAAUAUAUCUUUGGGAUUCCACAUGCUCUGAUGAAGAAGUUCAAAUUUCUCGUGCCCUCUUUUCGUGGGAAAGACGUCUUCUCGCCGAGUCCCAGGUACGGCGAAAAGGUCACCAUGACUGAGAACAGUCUCGUUGCAGACGAGAGCGUGGUUUGGUUCUUCCUGAAGGAGGCCGUGGACAAAGUGUUGGAGUUCCUCCAAUCGUCUUUCGAGAAGCUCCGAGUGAGUGAGGACACGACAGUGAUCCUCACAGGCGGCCACUCCCAGUAUUGGAAGCUGCGUGACGUAAUGAGACAGAGAUUUACCAGACGACAAGUUAUUUACAUGGACGCACCCUCUGAAUCUGCACUCAUUGGUGCGAUCAUGGUUGCCAAAGAAAUAAAAGCCAAGCAUAUUUUUGAAAGUCUUCCAAUAGAGAUUCAGCGGAUGUCAAGCGAAGAACGCGACGUCUUCUUCGCAGCGCUUCAAAGAGGACAGUUUGCUGAAAAUGACGUCACCAUCAACGUGAUAGGUCAUGUGGGGUCAUCGCCAAAAUCUCUGAUAAGGAGUUUUGCAAUGGGAGGUGCUCGUGAAAAUAAGAAAACGAAAGAAAAUUUACGAAUAUUCAUGGGUAGAAGAAAACACAUAGUGAAAAAUAAAGCCGGUCUGGAUAACUCCUAUACCACAUUCAUAUUGCCGGUACCAUACAACUGGAAGUCGCUCUACAUACACGGUAAAGAUAUUCUGAACAACGACCAUGAUACCAGUUCCGUAUGGUGCAAUACUGAAUCCUACAAAGCUAUAUACAGAUCACACCACCCAACCAGUCCACGCAGGAAAAGAGUCGAAGGAGACGAAACUCCUGAAUACGAGACCACCCCAACCCCUCGAGAUCUCGGGACAACGCCCACCCCGCGAGAUCUCGGAGUACGUCACAACCAGAACGUGGAUCAGCUCCAUUCUGUUCACAUCCGGGAACUCGGCUCAGAGAGUGACGUAUCCCAGGGGCGACAAUCGCUGCUGGAUUGGCGCCCUGUGUACGUGUUGUUGUACAGUUUGAACCAGAUCAUCACAGACAGCGUACAGGACUCAGAGAGCGGCCCGGGGUCUCGCCAAACCUCACUGUUAGAUUUUCUGACCACGUGGGUAAAAAUGAUCUUCACGUUUACCAAAACCACGGACAGGGGGCAUCCACACAUUGUGCUGUUUGGGACACACCACCAAGAACAAAAAGAGACCUUCGUCCGAUCACGCUCUGAUAUCGUGAUCAAACAGCUGGACAAGUACUUCAGCGGGAGCCCAGUCCGCCAAUGGCUGGUCCUGGAUCCUCUCCUCCGUGGAAAUGUCGAGAACGAGCGAGAUUUGGGGCUGGAGCGCCUACGGCAAACUAUCAUGGAUAUUGCCAACAAACACAAAGGCUCGGAAUGGUUCCCCCGACACUGGGUUAGUUUCUACGACAGACUGAUGUCACGGAAGAGGGAAGGCCACAAGGUGAUAUCGUCAAAUGUGUUCCGCAAAUACAACACGGUACACUCUGAACCCUUAGAAAAGCAGCAAGAAUUAGAGGUGUUUCUGAAAUACCACGUGUCCAUCGGAAACUUUCUAGACUUUUCGCAUGUCGAUCACCACAAUUACAUAUUUCUUGACCCCUGUGUCAUCGGGGAUGAAUUGAACGUGUUAUACAACUUAGAAAAGAACGAGAAACAAUCGAAAUCAUCGCCAUACAAAGAAGCCGUGAUUCAGAAGUUAACGCUUCUACAGUACCUCGCCUUGGACAGGGUCAAAGGUCAAGGACAGGUCAUACUUGGGACUCUUUUGGACUUGGGACUUCUCGUGAAGCCAAUGUUGUACGAUUCCCACGGUAACCUUAUUGACCCUACCUACCUCAUUAUGCCGGCUUUACUUCCUGUCCACAGUACUUCAUCCUUGAGGGAAAAACUUUUUGCUGAGAAGAAAUGUAUCACAAUGAGAUUCCACGGUCACGGUUAUCUCCCCUUGUCCGUCUUCCAGCGUCUGUUGUCGUCGGUUGUCUCUGUUUGGUCGGUUGUGAAUUUCUCCGGAAAACCUCUUCUGGCGGCUGACGUAGGAGCGUUUUCAUUGGACAGUUUCCACCGCCUCGUUUUGGCGUGCCAUGAAGAAUGCAUUGACGUUUACAUUUAUCAUAAAUCUGGCAGUGUGUAUGUCAAUCCCACAGUAACUAGAAAUGUACGCCAUUUCUUGGAACUGAAUCUUACUCGUAUUCUUUGUGUGACGUCAUCGGUGAAGCAGACGACACAGUUCGUUCAUAGCGUGACUGAUAACGUCAUUCAUGUAACUACUAAAGAAAAAACAGAAACAGAAUUCCAAGUAAAUGACGCCAUCUUUGUUACCGAGGUAGCCACGUGCAAUUGUUUCUCCUCAUGUUAUGCCUCGGUGGAUCAGCUCCAGAAGGAAGAUAACUGGAAGUGUGAAAAACAUGGCGUUGGAGGCCGAUCACGUGACUUACUUGGAGUCUGGUACCCUGUUGAGGAGACAUUUCCGGAUCCGGUACACGAAGGCCAAUGCCAAUCAAACUGUAGAGGACUAAGAGAGUACCUACUGUCCAAGUCCCCCUCCGAGCAGCUGGUGGGUCGACUGGCUAGGAGACUAGACCCCCAGGUCAUUCCAACAAUAGCACAGAAACUUGGUCUGACCCAGAUUGAGGUCAGACGGGUCAGAGACUCCGCCGCGAGAUCCACGGCGGGAUCCACCGCGUGGCGCCAAUCUUUUCAAACCUUACAGAACGCUGUACGGAAACAUUCCCUGACCCUUGGAGAUCUACAGGAAGCCAUUGUUUUGGCUGGGGUGGGGAAGCACGUGAUGUGUCAGGGAUUCCGGAUUUUCCAUGAGACCGAUGAAAUCUCGGAGGAAUAUCUCGAACGCAGCGUGAGUAGACGAGAGUUGGCAGCCAUGGCGUUGAAUAUUAGCAGAGAUGUUUUCCCACUGGCUGUUGAACUAGAUAUCUCAUCACAAGACGUGCUAGCGUUACUCCAGAGACCAAUCGAACGCGACCCAGUCGCAAACAUCCGAGACGUUUUGACACAGUGGUAUCUGUAUUCAGAGCUCAAGCCGACAUUCAGGGUACUCGUGAUGGCCCUUCUAGAAGUCGGGUUCGAUUUGGUGUGCGCAACAAAUGCCCUCGACCAAAGCAGCAGCAACUCACUGUUUUAAGAAUAAUCAGUUUGCAGGGUUUUGACUUUAAUGAGCAACAUUUCAAGGGCUUUUUAUUGAGGAUACUAGUACAUGAUUUCUUAAUUUUCUUAUCUAUUGUUUUUCAUAAUAUUUUGUUAAUAAAUUGUUUGAUAUACCUGG